AUGCGCCGACCGGACGCGCGAACGACGUCGCUCAGGAUCGGAUUCGGGUCGUGCAACAAACAAUCGCUGGACAUGACGCUGCUGUGGCCGGACGUCGCGCGCGAGGAAUACGACGCGUUCGCGUGGAUCGGAGACGCGGUGUACGCGGACGAACGGGUGAAACUGGCGAAUGGGGAACGGACGCGACGGUAUUUGGGGGAGAAAGCGCACGAGGAGGCGUACGAGAGGGUGAAGAGGGACGAGGCGUACGCGGCGGUGCGGAGGCGAGCGGACGUCGUCGGGACGUGGGAUGAUCACGAUUAUGGGUUUAAUAACGCGGGGAAACACUGGUCGCGCAAGGCGUUCGCGAAGAAGGCGUUUUUGGACUUCUUGGACGAACCGGUCGGGAGCGAGCGGCGCACGCGCGAGGGCGGGGUGUGGGACUCGGUGGAUUACGUGGACGAGGCGAGCGGGCGACGAGCGCGGGUGAUUUUGUUGGAUUUGCGUUGGGAUUUGGAAGAACCGGACGAGGUGAGCGAGGGGAAGAUGAUGAGCGAGACGCAGUGGGCGUGGUUCGAAACGCAGCUCGCGGCGGAACCGAAACCCGAGGUGACGAUCGUGGGGAGUGGGAUUCAAGUCAUAGAGGCGCCGCACUUGAUGUUGCGGCCGCUGGCGCCGUACGUCGAGCCGGCUCGACUCGUCGCCGAAGGCUUAGAGAGUUGGUCGCGCGUUCCUCGCGAGCAAUCGAGAUUGUUUGAUACGAUCAAACGAACGGGUGCGCGCGUGGUUUUCAUGUCCGGCGACGUGCACCACGGACAAAUCGCCGCGGCGGCGCCGGGAUGUUACCUGCCGUACAAAACCAUCGACAUCACCUCGAGCGGGUUCACGCACACCCCGUUCAGGGACGCGAAGCCGUGGCCGUUGGCUCUGUUCUUGCGCCUCGCGACGCCGAAGUACUUUCGUCAAUGGAUUCUCCCCUCGUACACGCGUUGGACGGACAUCAACUACGGCGAAAUCGAAAUCGAUUGGGCGCGAGGCGCCGUCUUCGCUCGCAUCAAGAGCGUCGGCGGCAAAGUCGCGCUCGAAGAAUCCGUGACGUUCGCCGAGCUCGAUGAAAACGUCCCAGAUCUCGGGUUCGAUCGUGCUGGAUGCAACUUGACGCUCGAAAUGAGUCCAAAAAUGCGCGCCUUUCGCAUCGUCGUCUUCUUCACCUGGCUCGCGGGCGUGUACGCGUUCAAAUUCUUGGCGCCGAUUUUCGUCGCCGCGUACGCGGUCCGGAAAGCGCGAAGAUACGCGCGCGCGCGCGGCUUGAAGCAAGAUUGA